CUCCGAGCUUUUUCUGCCAUUCCGGUGCUGACAAAUCAACUUUUUUGGAAAAGGGGGUGGGACAUGACUCAUCUGCCAUGUGGGCUGCCAUGGUGACAGGCCUCUCCAGCCCCUCCCCCCUCCUUUGGUUGGUCCAGCUGCUUUUGUGGCCACAUCUCAGUGGACCCAGAUUAGCUGAGGCCAGUCCCCCUUGCCCUACACCCUGUAGCUGCUCCAAUCAGGCGAGUCGAGUGAUUUGCACCAGGAAGGGCUUAGAUGAAGUUCCACAGAGCAUCUCAGUCAACACGCGAUACCUCAACCUGCAGGAGAACUCCAUACAGGUGAUUAAGUCAGACACCUUUAAGCAUUUGAGUCACCUGGAGAUUUUGCAGUUGUCCAAGAAUCACAUUCGCCAGAUUGAAGUUGGAGCGUUUAAUGGGCUGCCCAACCUCAUCACGCUCGAGCUGUUUGACAACCGGCUGCCACUGGUGCCGUCGCAAGCGUUCGAGUACCUGAGCAAGCUACGAGAACUUUGGCUGCGGAACAAUCCGAUUGAGACGCUUCCAGCGUACGCGUUCCACCGCGUCCCAUCCCUCAGACGGCUGGACCUGGGCGAACUGCGCAAGCUCAGCUUCAUCUCUGAGGCUGCCUUUGAAGGUCUGGUGAACUUGCGCUUCCUUAACCUGGGGAUGUGCGGGCUGAAGGAUGUGCCCAACCUGACUCCACUGGUGCGGCUGGAGGAGCUGGAAUUGUCCGGGAACCAACUUGGAGUAGUGCGUCCUGGAUCUUUCCAGGGCCUUGUGUCGCUUCGCAAACUGUGGCUCAUGCACUCACGUAUAUCCUUAAUUGAGCGGAAUGCUUUUGAUGACCUGAAGAACUUGGAGGAGCUCAAUCUGUCCCACAAUUCCCUUCACUCUCUGCCCCAUGACCUGUUCACACCCUUGCAGCAGUUGGAGCGGGUACAUCUGAACCACAACCCCUGGGUGUGUAACUGUGAUGUUCUGUGGCUUAGUUGGUGGCUCAAGGAGACUGUGCCGGAUAACUCCACCUGCUGUGCCCGUUGCCAUGCUCCUCCUGGAACGAAAGGUCGCUACAUCGGUGACCUGGACCAGAGAGACUUCACCUGCUAUGCACCUGUGAUUGUUGAGCCGCCGACUGACUUAAAUGUGACCGAAGGAAUGGCAGCAGAGCUGAAGUGCCGCACUGGGACCUCAAUGACCUCUGUAAACUGGCUGACUCCUAAUGGAACCCUAAUGACUCACGGCGCCUAUAAGGUACGCAUUUCUGUUCUGCAUGAUGGAACACUUAACUUUACCAAUGUGACCAUGCAGGACACAGGUCCCUACACCUGCAUGGUGACCAACUCUGCUGGAAACACAACAGCAACCGCCGUCCUUAAUGUCUCAGCCUCCGACCCUGGCAACGCAUAUAGCUACUUCACGACCGUUACUGUGGAAACUGUUGAACCAGGCCAGGAAGUGCAUGAUUCAGCAAGGCAAUUUGUCAACGAGACCUUCAUAAGUUUUCCUGGACCCACGGCCGCAUCCGCAUCUCCGGGUCCUUCAGGAACGGCACUUUCCUCCCUUCCACCUCACGUCACUCAUGCCCCUGACCGCCCAUUCACUGUCUCUAUCACGGAUGUGGCAAACCUGUCCGGCCUGGAGGAUGUGAUGAAGACAACAAAGAUCAUCAUCGGCUGCUUUGUGGCCAUCACCUUCAUGGCGGCUGUCAUGCUGGUUGUAUUCUACAAGCUGCGGAAGCAGCACCAGCUGCACAAACACCACGGUCCCGCUCGAGCCAUCGAGAUCAUCAAUGUAGAGGAUGAAAUGGGGCCAGCCGGGGGUGCCAGCGGCAUUGCAGGUGGGUCAACGGUUCACACCGGAGCAGGACCUGGAGGAGCUGGACAAAGCCUGCGGAUACACGACCCUGAAAUCGUCACCCUGCCGAAUAUUGGUCGGGCUGAGCAUGUCAACCACUAUUACAAACCGCACCACUUCAAUAAUAACAUUCUGGGACUUACUGGGGGCCAAACCGGAGGGAUCCUGAACAACAAGACCAGCCCAACCUCCAAGAAGCAGGUCUCCAUGAACACAACGGCUGCUUCCGGUGAUUCCUCCAACCCCGGAUCCACCUCUCCACCUUUACCAAUCCCGAUCCCAAUGGCAAUGGCGUUCCACGGAACACUGAAGAGCCUUAGCCACACCCCCAGCACUCAGACCGAGCCUCUACUGCUGUCCAAUGGGUCCAAGGAGAGUGUGCAGGAGACACAGAUCUGAACACACACACAGUCACACAUAUACACGCAUAUACACACAUUUAUACACACACACACACUGAGGCAUCGAGGAGCCUGGUUGGUAUGCCAGUGGGGCAGAUGUUGACGGAGUUUGACAUUGCGGAAGCUUCGUCCCCGACAGACAGACUCAGAGGAUUAUUACCGAGUCCCACGGACAACGUUUGUACAGACGAACCGGACAAGGCACUAUUGCGUACAUAAGUGCCAAAGAAAGCGUCUUUUUUGCAGU